AUGGCGGUCAUUUCUGAACCAUCCUUACCUUCUAUGCAGACGACAGUUCCCGGUCCGUUAACCAAUGCUACUAAGUCGGAACUGGAUGUCAUUUUCGAUGCCCGAACCACGCAGAUGGUUAUUGACUAUGACAAAAGCUCUGGAAACUAUUUAGUCGACAUAGAUGGUAACACCUAUCUCGAUGUGUACGCUCAGAUUGCCUCAAUCCCCGUGGGAUACAACAACCCCACUCUGGUGAAAGCCGCACAAUCACCGGCGAUGAUUUCAGCCCUGGUUAAUCGUCCAGCCAUUGGCAACUUCCCCUCUCAGAAGUGGCUCAAUCUGUUACGCGAUGGCCUUAUGCGCGCAGCUCCACCCGGAUGCACCCAGGUUUUCACAGCACAGUCGGGAUCUGAGGCCAACGAGCUAGCCUUCAAGGCCGCAUUCAUGGCCUAUUGCCGGAAGCAAAGAGGAGAUGCACCCUGGUCCGAGCAUGAGCAGGAUUCUGCCAUGAGGAACCAAGUGCCCGGAUCCCCUGAUCUGGCUAUCCUCAGCUUCAAGAACUCUUUCCACGGCCGUGGAUUCGCUAGUCUGUCUGCUACUCGCUCCAAGCCAGUACACAAGAUUGAUAUUCCGUCCUUCAAGUGGCCCCAGGCCUCUUUUCCUGAACUGAAAUAUCCUCUGGAAGAACACGAAGAGGAGAAUCGUCGCGAAGAGGAGCGUUGUCUGCAGGAGAUUGAGCACAUCAUUGAUUCGUGGCACUGCCCUGUGGCUGGGAUCAUCGUUGAGCCGAUUCAGAGUGAAGGUGGUGAUAACCAUGCCUCGCCGAAGUUUUUCCAGGGUUUGCAGGCUAUUACAAAGGCUCGUGGAACUUACCUGAUUGUUGACGAGGUCCAGACAGGCUUCGGUGGUACGGGCAAAUUCUGGGGCCAUGAGCAUUGGAACCUUUCCGCCCCCGCUGAUAUCGUGACUUUCUCUAAGAAGGCACAGACUGCGGGCUACUUCUUCAGUGACAACUCUCUUCGUCCUGAUAAAGCUUACCGGCAAUUUAACACGUGGAUGGGCGACGCUGCACGUGUUAUCAUGUGUAAUGCAGUAAUUGACGAGAUACUCAGCGAAAAUCUAGUAGAAAAGACAGCUCGCGUGGGUGAACUUCUUCACGAGAGACUUGCUACUCUGGCCACGAGAUAUCCUGAGUUCAUACAGAACCUUCGCGGCAAGGGCAAGGGAACUUAUCUUGCUUUUGACACCCCCGACUCAAGUACCUUGCUAAAGGAAAUGCGUAAUCUCGAGAUUAACAUUGGAAGCUGCGGCGUAUCAACUAUUCGACUGCGUCCGAUGCUUAUCUUCAGGGAGGCGCAUAUCUCUACGUUGAUAGAGGCGUUUGAGAAGGCUUUCACGAAGCUGGGAAGGUUAUAA